AUGUCGACCAAGCCACGAUCCGACUCGUCCACCUCGACGUCGUCGACAUCGUCGACCUCUUCGGACCCGUACGCCAAUGCUUCGGUGUUCCGCAACUCGCCGUCCUACAAGGCCGAACAGCUGGACGAUCUUUCGCACGGAUCCACCUUCAAAGCUCGUCGCUGGUCGGGCGCCAAGAAGAACCCGGGCGAGGGAAGGUCGCACUUUGAAAUGCGCAUCAACGCCAGCGACCAGACCAAGCUCAACCGAGACGAACUCAAGGUCAGCGUCAAGAAGAACAAGGACCUCACCACGCGCAUGAAGAAGAACCACUCGCCACAACAGGCCGCUCAGGUCUACGACGCCAUCAACCGCGAGUAG